GCUGUGGCUGUGGCACAUACAUAUAAUGUGAAAUACACGGUCAAAACGAGAAACAUGGCGGAUAACGAUGUAAAUGGUGAUUCUGACGAGGUGCAACAAGAGAAAUCACAGAAAAAGACAGCAAAAUAUGAUAGCGGUGCAGCAGAUUUGGAGAAAGUUACGGAUUAUGCGGAAGAAAAGGAAAUAUCCUCAUCCGAUGGCUUCUCUUGCGCGUUAAGUAUAAUCGGAGACCGUCGGAACAAGGAAGCUGCCGAGAAGAAAGCAAAAGAGAAGGAAAUGCUCAAAAUUCCUAUAAAGAAAGAAGACGUCGAUCUCAUUAUGAAAGAAAUGGAAAUAAAUAGAAGUAUAGCAGAACAAACACUCAGGGAACACAGAGGAAACAUUGUGGAAGCAUUACUUACUUUAACAAAUUAACUGUACAGCAUGAAAUUCAAUCAAACGUAUUUGUAUAAGACACAAUUUAAUUGUAAAUUAUAUGGUCUUAGGAAUUGUUAAGAUUUUGGGUUAUUAAUAAUUUAUUCAUGUAUAUUAUAUAAUAUACUAUAAGUGAUUCUGUAUA